AUGAUGCAGAUGAUCAACGCUAUAACUGAUAAACCGGAUUGGAGGAGCAAAGUCAAUGACUGGACCAUUCUUGCGAAAUGGCAGGCUGAAGCAGUCACUGAGGAUGGACAAGGCUUCACUGAGAAGAUGUUUUACUAUUGCGUCGAAGAGCUUCAAGAAAAGGCCAAUCAGCACAAAGAGAACGAUUUGCUUGCUAUACUGGAUUCAGAAUGGGCUUUGGUCAAAUCAGACAGCAUCAUCUCUACUGAGCUGAAGGAAGAACUCAAGAGUGCCGUGGCGCCUUUGGAAGACGUACCGGCAAGCGCUCGAGAUUGGCAUCCAGGAUCUAACGAACAAGUCCUUGAUUUGGUUCAUCCUUCCCUUUUCCCGUUGAUCUAUGGUCGAUCUCGGAUCCUGCCUACUGGCGCCAUCACCCUGGAAGACUGCAUUCAGAACUCAGGCAAGGGUGAAGUCGUACCAGUGCCUAGCGACGACGAUUGUCGACUGGGCAGUAAGCCAAAUUGGCUCAGCCAGAAUGGUGAGGGAGAUACAGACUAUUGGUCCAAUCGCUUCCAAUGGCUCCCAAGCAAUGUCGCUUUCACAGAAGGUGGAGGCGUCAAGAUUGAAAGCUACAUCAACAACCUUCAUCCGGUACAUCACAAGUCCAUCUACCCGGUGAUUGAAAAAUUCAUCGCCAAGUCUGUCCCGGCCUGGGAUCUCGUCCUCUCAUCCUUCGUGAGGUACGGAGAUGUCGAAAGGCUCCGAGUCCCGAUGACAGGCACAGAGUAUGAAUUUCCUCUAGGCGAAGAAGCACCCGAGGAAGUGGGUAAAGAGCUUGGAGAGGACGACGAUGAGUACUAUGAAGUGAGAGAGCAAUGGGUGAGAGACAACCGCGUACUCAUCAAACCCGACGCUCGUGAUUAUGGCUCUUAUCAGGACGAUGGUAGACGGGCCAUUGAACCUCUAAAUCUACGCUCUCACUUCAAAAACAGCGGCAUCCAAGUCAUCGUCAAGCUAGCCAACAUCCAUCUUACACCCGAGCACCCUUCUUACUCAGGCGGAAGCUGGCAUAUCGAAGGCAAACUCAACGAACACAUUUGCGCAACAGCUCUAUACUACUACGACAACACCAACAUCACAGAAUCGCAUCUCGCAUUCCGCACGAAGGUGUCAACGGAAGAGAUAACUUCACGCGACUACGGACAGGAUGACAACGACGGCGUAUGCUACCUCUUCGAUAUCGAGCGUAAUGGUCCAGGAGUCCAGGAUAUUGGUAAGGUGGCCACGAACCAAGGCCGUCUUCUGGCAUUUCCAAAUGUGCUGCAACAUCAAGUACAGCCAUUCACCCUCGCUGAUCCUACAAAGCCUGGCCAUCGCAAGAUCCUCGCGCUGUUUUUGGUUGAUCCUUUCCAGCGCGUUAUAAGCACUGCUAAUGUACCGCCCCAACAACGAGAGUGGUGGGCUGAAGCCGUACAAGGACUCGAAGGUAAACUUGAUCAGUUGCCUCCAGAGUUGCGUCAUCAAGUCAUGACUGAUGUUGGAGAUUUCCCCAUCAGUCUUGAGGAAGCAAAGGGCAUUAGAAAGGAGCUGAUGGAUGAAAGGAGAGCGUUUGUGAAGGAUGUCAAUGAUAUGUACGAGGGUGAGGACUUCAGCUUUUGUGAGCACUAG